AUCUUGAACAUGCUGAAGAUGAUAUUCAGCCAGAAAUAGCAAUUCUUUCACAAUUGGAUUCUCAGUAUGUAACUAGAUAUUAUGGUUCAUACCUCAAGAAUCCCAUUCAUGGGUUGUCAUAG